AUGUCAUCAUCUAAACUUCUUUUGAAAGGGGGAAGAUUGUUGGUACAUGACCAAAACAAGCGGGUAGUUUGCCGACAUGCAGAUUUGCUUAUCCAUGACGAUCGUAUUCACGAGAUUGGCGAUCAUAUCCAACCUGCUGAAGGUGUCGUCGUAAUAGAUUGCACAGAUACGAUCGUUUCACCAGGCUUCAUCGACACUCACAGACAUCAAUGGCAAUCACAACAGAAAGGUCUUCACGCAGACCACCAUCUGUUGGACUACUACCACUCAGGAAAUCUGGCGAGCUCGCACUAUGCACCAGAGGAUGCGUUUUGGGGGGUGUUGAGUAGUUCUCUUGAGGCUAUUGAUGCCGGGACAACCACAGUGGUCGACCACGCGCACGUCAACUACUCUCCUGAACAUUCCAAAGAGGCCAUCCGCGGUACUGUUGCUUCUGGCAUUCGUGGCAUCUUCUGCUAUUGUGCACACCCUCGAGUCGAGACUUGGCACCCCGAGCUAAAGAUGGACAAUAACCCCCUCGCUGAGGGGGUGAUGGACACUUUCCGAGAACUAGCAGCAAUGCAGCCUUUCGGUCCAAGGGGCAGAGUGCGGCUUGGGUUCGCGAUGGAUGUAAUGUUCGUGCGACCGCAAGUCUUAAAAGACACCUUCGCCGAGGUUCGCAAGCUUGGUGCUCACCUGAUCACCUCUCACGUCACCCGUGUGAGUAUGAUGGAUGGCCUUCCGUCUCCGGUAACGAUAAUGCACGAAAACAAGCUUCUGGGGCCUGAUAUCUUACUAUCCCAUGCCAAUCAUAUAUCAGCCGACGAGUUGAGCCAGAUUGAAACCUCAGGGGCACAUUUAUCAAGUACGCCGCUGUCUGAAUUGCAGAUGGGCCAUGGACACCCUGUAUGUCUACAACCGGAGUUCCUGAACCUAUGCUCCUUGGGGACAGACUCCUGUAGCAUCUGCUCUUCGUCCAUUCCGCGACAAAUGGAGAUUGCACUACAAGUUACACGCGCCCGAAGAUCGGAGGAGCAGUUGCGCAAUCGUAAGUGGGACGGUACCAUCGGACCGAGUGUAGAAGAGGUUUAUAACCUCGGAACAAUACUUGGAGCCCAAGCCGUCGGCCUAGAGGAUGACAUUGGUAGUCUAGCAGUGGGUAAGAAGGCGGAUAUUGUUGUAUUCAACGGCAAGACCCCGGCCAUGUUAGCUGCAGCUGAUUGCAACCCUAUCGCGGCUAUUGUGCUCCACAGCUCGGUGCAAGAUGUCCAGACUGUCAUUGUCGAUGGUGUAAUCCGUAAGGAAAACACAUUACUCAACAAAAUUGUCAUUCCUCAAGAUAUCGCGCAAAAAGAAGAGAUGGUCGCCAACACAUCAGAGUCACUUCAGUGGGAUGAGGUGGCGAGAGAAGUGGAGAAAAGUCGCCAAAGGCUAAAGGAAAUUCGGGGCGUUGUUGACGAGGAAGCGGCCAGAAAUGGACUUAUCCGUUCUUUCAUAGCAGCGAUGAAGCUGGCGUCUGACCAUUGA